AAUAACAAGAACGACUAGAGUGUUAGUUGUUUUUAUUUUUCAUACAUGAUUUUUCCACUGCGUUUUUACUCAUGGAUAUAUAUCCUUUUAUAUUUGAUGAAUAAUGUAGGGAAUGUUUCUUUCUUUUAGUUGCUACAUUGCAGAAGGCUAACAAACUAGCUUCCGUUAGCCUGUACUAACCUGUAUAAUUAAGUUUCAAACGCCAUCAAUGACGUUUUUUUUCUAAUUGAAGCUUGAUAGUUUUCAGUGAUUUUUGCUGUAAAGCCGUAAAUCGGACGGUUGGAAGCAGUUUUAAAUCUACUGUUUUAUUGUGGAUAUCGGAUCGGCGGUGAACAGCAAUGCCUACAGUGGUUUUAAUGGACGUGUCACUGUCCAUGACACGACCAGUGUCCCUGGAUGGCAUCGAGGAGUUCCAGAGGAAGAACCUGGCUGUCCACGGACUCAACAUGCUGUUUGAACACAUGGCUUCCAACUAUCGCUUGGAGUUCACCGCACUGAUGGCCUUCUCCUCCCUCUGGGAGCUGCUGGUGCCUUUCACUAGGGAUUACAAUGCGUUACAGGAGGCACUUAGUAACUUGGAAGACUAUGACAAAACAUGUCUUGAGCUGGCUCUACAAGGAGUCAGUAGCGUUGUUCAGCAGGAGUGGGGCAAUGGCUGUCCCUGUCAGGUGGUGCUGGUUACAGACGGAUCUCUUGGGAUUGGAAAGGGUUCCCUACGCCACUCUCUUCAAACCCUGAAACAUCGUGGUGAUGACAAAAAGUUUCCACUCCCUUACCCCUUCCCCACCAAAAUGUUCAUCCUGUGUAUAGCCAAUGCAGAGGAGUUGCAAAUGACUGACGCCAUGGAAAACCUGGAGGAGCUCCUUCGUCUCAGUGGAGGGGAUGGACAGAUCUUCACUGUGGAUGGACCACUUUGCAUGAAGAGUGUACAAGCAAUGUUUGGCAUGUUGAUUGACCGGGCGUACUCCCCCUUCCACGCGGUCCUGCACUGCGGGAAUCUGUCUUCAGAUGUUCAGGUGUUCCCCCGUCCCGAGCCGGUGGUGGUGGACGAGGAGGUGGAGCCUAUUCCCAAAGCUGUCAGCACAGAUUUGGAAAUUGUGGGCUUCAUUGAAAUUGCUGACAUCUCCAGCCCCCCUGUAAUAUCCAGACACUUGGUUCUUCCCAUUGCUGUUAACAAAGAAGUGGAUGAAGUUGGCACAGGAGCCACUGAUGAACUUGAAGAGGAACCUUCAGCGAGCCAAAUGGCUGGGAAAAGCCCAAAUUUUUGUGUUCUUUUACAUGGAAGUCUAAAGGUUGAGGGGAUGGUGGCUCUGGUCCAACUAGGGCCAGAGUGGUUUGGCAUGUUGUACUCCCAAGCAGACAGCAAGAAGAAGUCAAACCUGAUGAUGUCUUUGUUUGAGCCUGGUUCCGAUCCUCUACCUUGGCUAGGCAAGAUCUCGCAUCUGGGACCAGUUUCAGAGGCUGCUGAAAAUCCGUACGGAGAGGAUGACAGUAAAAGUCCGUUCCCUGUGCAGCCACAGGUCAAGCGAAGCUAUGCUCAGAAUGUCACUGUGUGGAUAAAAGCCAGCGGACUGCAGACUGAUGUUCAGAAGAUCUUGAGGAACGCAAGGAAAUUACCUGAUAAAACUCAGACCUUCUAUAAGGAGCUAAAUCGUCUGCGGAAAGCUGCCUUGGCUUUUGGUUUUUGGGAGCUCCUGAAGGGCGUGGCCGAGCUGCUGGAGAGGGAGUGCACUAUGCUGCCCGACUCGGCCCAUCCAGAUGCUGCUUUCCAGCUCUCUCAUGCCGCACACCAACUCAAACUAGCCAGUUCUGGUGAUUCCCAGUAUGCAGCUUUUGAUCACAACAUUGUCCCCAUGCACACAGACUUCUCAAGCUGAGUCACAAUGUACAAGCUGUGACUCGGCUUGUACUGAGCCAGAGUGAACUGCAGCCAUACAAACUGGGCUUGUACAAAAUGUCUGUUGGGAAACUGAAAGUGUUGUACAUAUUUUGAUUUUUUUUUUUUUUUACAUGUUUCUUUAUAGAAUGUAUUUCCCAAAUUGACCACUAAUUAAAUUACUCCUCUUUCUAAAA